AUGACACGUUCCAUUCCUCAGGAGGUUCAAGGAUCUGUCAAGGCUCUUUUCAACCAAGGUUGUUCCCUCCGUGCCAUUCAAAAAAUCAUCCCAGAUUUGUCCGUCAGUGUACUUUCUCGCUACAGGAAGAAGUUUCUUGGUCAUUCAAAACAUGCCAAACCCGGAAGACGCAGCAAAAUCACUACGCAGAAUAUAAACUACAUUGAGAGGAAUCUCCGCAAUGGUAAUUUAGACGGCCCCAGGGGGUUCAAGGCUAAAAGAAAGGCAAAGACCAAUUUCGUGUCUGCGGAGAACCGGAAAAAGCGCCUUGUAAAAACCAAGAGACAUCGACAUUUGACUGCGGACGAUUGGCGUAAAUGGGGAUUUUCCGAUGAAACUAGGGUCAACAUGUGGGGAUCUGACGGCAAAUCUUUCUACUGGACUGACAGGCCCACUGAGUUGAUGCCUCAUCAAACUGAGGCUCAAGUUCAGGGAGAUGGUGGUGGCGUUAUUUUCUGGGGCAUGAUAACAGCGGAGGGACCCAGCUAUGGCUCCACCAUUACCGAAGGAACUGUUAACUCAGAAGUUUAUGCUGAAAUUCUGGACUCAUCUUUGCUAGACACUAUCGAGUACUAUGGGCUGGACAAGAAAACGUUUAGACUCCAGCAAGAUAACGCAAGACCACAUACUUCUGGUCCCAUUAAGAAAUAG